GAAUCUGAGCUGGCAGACAUCAGAGAAGAACAGCCGGUCACUUACUUAUAUUGUAUGAUAUGUUGUGGUUUAGUCGUAGGUAAACGACAGAUGAACACACAAGAGAGGACAAAGGGGACUGAGAAAACAUGCUGCAGAUAAAGACAUUAUGACAGAGACAUUAAGGAAGAAAUAUGGACCCUUGCACUGAUAUGUUAUUAAACGCAGUGAACUUUGGGGGACCCACAGAACAUUUGGAAGCAGCAGCAACAGCAUCAGCAGCAGCAUCCUCUUAAAUUGGGGUUAGGAGUGAGGUGUAAACUCCACAUCUGAGAGUAUCUGUAUUCAGUGUGUGCACGAUGGCAUCUAAACCUCACCCUCCUCUGAUGAAGAAGCACAGUCAGACGGACCUGAUAAGCCGCCUGAAGAGCCGGAAGAUCCUUGGAGUCGGUGGCGAGGACGAUGAUGGCGAAGUGCACCGCUCAAAGAUCAGUCAGGUGCUGGGAAAUGAGAUGAAGUUUGCAGUGCGAGAGCCUAUCGGGCUGAGGGUGUGGAUACUCAUCUCUGCAGUGGGUUUCACAGUUAUGGCCCUGAUGGCCCUGGUCUUUCCCAACCAGCUAUAUGAGCUUGUUUUUGAGGAGGAACUCUCCACGAUUAACAUCUCAGUUCGCCUUUAUGGAGGAGCCCUGCUGAGCCUGGCCCUCAUCAUGUGGAAUGGUCUGUACACAGCAGAGAAGAUUGUCAUCCAGUGGACUUUGCUCAGUGAAGCCUGCUAUUUUGCUGUGCAGUUUCUAGUGACAUCCAUCACCUUAGUGGAGAUUGGCAUCCUACCCAAUGCUGCCAUACUCCUGCUGCUCAGUCGAGUGCUCUUCCUGGUGGUCACCAUGGCUUACUACUACCACCUGGGCCGUAAGCCAAAGAAGAUCUGAGCUGACUGUGUGGUACUACUAGGGAGGGGACAGCUGAGCACAGAUCACAAACGUGGGGUCAGAAGGUUUGGAAUAUUGUUUGACUGGGGCUUGGAGCAUUACCACUGGAUGCCCCCUGCCCCCGUCUAUGGGACCUAGCCUAUUGUAACCCCCCAGUAUUCAACAGAUAAGCACAGUGUCACGUUCCAGACUCUACAACAAGAAUGAGAAGCCUCAUGGUGAAAGUAAAUUUCUUUCUUUCACUGUGCUGUGAGGUCAAGCCCCUCUUGACACACAUUCCUGCUAUGUUCAGUUCCAAGUGCUGUUAUUAUAAAGAAGGACCUAGAAGUUUGUAGUGCAUUGUGCUCUUGUGUCACCUGGUUAUAUGAUUUAAUAUGUACAGAGCCGAAUAAUUUCAAAUGUCUGACCGUGGUGUGGUCAUGUACAGCUACGUGAUUACCAGAUUGAGUAUUUAGUGUUAUCCGAUAAAAUGUUGCUUCUUGAUACGACUUGAUAAUCACUCAAGGACCUUGAGUUUGUAUUAUGUGUUUCCUGUUUGAUGCUGUUGAUGUCAACUCACAUUGUGUGUGUAUACUGAAAAGAAGCCUGACUAUCUGCUCUUGCAUCCUUCUCUGACAGCUCUCCAGCGAACGCAUUGAUUGGUAGAGGCAUCAACUGUGCUUAGUGUAAGAUUCAGGUGCAGUCAGACAAGCUAAUCUCAGCACUCUGAGGAAACUCCUGAAGGUCAGUUUUUACUCUCAGUCAUGGCCAUCGAUCGUAUUCAGAAAAGGAAUAUCCCCAAAAGAAAUGCUCAACAUUAAAAACAUUUUUGAAGAGCAAAGUGAUAUAUAUCUAUUUUUUUUUUCCUUGAGGUUCUACCCAAGUGAAAAGGUAUUGUUUUAUGCAGAAUAGCUACACUGCUGACAUUUAGACAUGUUAUGUUGAUAAAUGCACAUGUGAACUGACUCAUAGAAGAGAAGCAGUGUAGUAUGCCUCAGACGCAGGACCGAAGCCUGAGCAUAUUUACAGAAAGUAACCAUUACUGUAAAACUAGUUAGUGUGCAGGACAAACAAACCUGAGGCCUGCUUCUUCUAAAGUGAUGUAGCACAGUUGUUUUGUUUGGGAUUUUUUUUGUUUUGUUUUGUUUUGUUUUGUUUUUUUACAUACACCAUAUCCUUAGCCUUGCCUUAAAACUACGUAAAAGAACAGUCAUCAACCGUGCAUCCUGCUACUUGUAUAUCUGUAAAUAAAUGUAUUUACUAUUAUGUGGUGUUCUUCUGAACUGAACAAGGAACUUGUCCAGUAUUAGUUAAAAACGAUUUUCACAGGUU